AUGGCUCCUACAGCAGCGCCAGCCGCGGCACCUGCGCCCGAAGCCUCAGCUCCAGCUGUAGCACCCGCUGCAUCCGAGUCAGCGGCAGACGGCCCGUCGACUACAGCUCCCGCAGCCGCCGAGGCUCCUGCUGCUCCCCUAACUGCGCCCAGAGUACCCAAGAAGCGCUUGGAUCCACAUGAUCCCUCCCUGGAGCCCAUGUCGGAAGUGAUGCUCCGCCGACUGACGACGAUUCAGAAAGGAGAUAACGUGCUGUUGAAGCUGCCGAGCGACAGCGUCAAGGCUGUUGUCGCUUCGGAGACGGGCCUGGUCAACCUCGGCAAAUUCGGCUCCUUCCCCGCCAGCCUCCUACUCGGCCUUCACUUCGACAUCACCUAUGAGAUCUACGUCGACACCUCCGCCCCGGCCCCAUCCGCCAUUUUGGCAAAGCACGGGGCGCGAGCUGAAACAGCCGCACAGACCGCGGGGAGGAUCAUGACGGAUCGAGGGGAGGGUCCUUCUGCUUUCGGACAAGCAAAGGGGAAGAAGGCAGCCAAAAAGGGGAAAGAGAGGGAGGCGAUUGCGGGUGGACUGUACAAGGGGAACCCGGGCUGGCGGAACUUGCUGAGACCGCUGAAGAGGAGUGACGUUGUUGAUGCUGUCGUUGACGAUAUUGUCGAGACAAACGAGUUUAUCGACGAUACCGAUAUGGUCCAGCAGGAGUUGUUGACGCAGGAGGAGAUAGCGGCGAUGAGGGAGCAGGGACUGUCAGCGGACGAGAUCAUGAAGGCACAGAUUGCGCGACAUGAGCGAUUCGGCCUGAAGACGGAUUUCAGCAAGGAGAAGUGGAGGAAACGAAAGGAGAAGAAGUAUCAACAAACCAUUCACGCCAUAUCCCCCUCCGCCCAUAACAUGACCAACCACUACUUUGCUCGAUCCCCGCAAAGUAUCCUGAACCUCCGGGAAGAUACCCUCUCCCAGCUUCUCACUCUAUCCCACGUCCGCGAGGGCGGUCGAUACCUCGUCGUGGACGAUACAGGCGGGCUCGUCACUGCCGCCUUGCUGGAGCGGAUGGGGAGUGACGGGCGGAUCAUGACGUUUACGGAAGCGGACAGUCCCCCGGCGUGGGGCGUGCUGAAUGUAAUGAACUUUUCGCCGAGGGAGUUGGGGUGCGUCAAGUGGUUGAAUUGGAUGGAGGCGACAGAGGAGUAUGAGCGGCCACCACUGCCUGAAGAAGUCGACAUGCCCUCGAUCUCCGAGUCCAAGACGAUCGCGAGGCAGAAGAAGCACAUGUUCCAGACGAAGGAGUUGAACAAUACGCGGCGGGAGCUUCACUCUGGGAAUUGGGACGGCCUCAUCCUCGCUACCGACCUCAACCCAAUAGUCAUUCUCAACCGUCUCGGACCCUACCUCGCCGGAAGCGGCACCAUCACCAUCUUCUCCCCACACCUCCAAGUCCUCGCCGAAACGCUCCAGUUCUGCCGUCAUGACCCGUCGUACCUGAAUGCCAACCUCACAGAGAGCUGGUCUAGGACAUAUCAGGUCUUGCCGGGUCGGACUCAUCCGAUGAUGAGUACGAGCGCGACGGGGGGUUAUAUCCUGCACGCUACGAAAGUGUUUGUCGGGAGGUUCGAGCCAGACUCGCAUGUUCUCAGACAUAAGCGACAACAGCAAGAAGCGGCGAAGCGGAAGAGGGCCAAGGCGGCUGAGGCUGACGCUGGGCCGAGUGGAGAGAAGGCGGGAGAGCCGGCGGUAGCGGACCAGGCGGAGCAGGAGGAAGAUGAGCAUAUGGACGAGGCGGAGGAGGUGGACGAGAUGGAGAUAUAG